AUCUCUGUUUGGCUGACAAAUAUCAAGUUUAAAUUUUUUAUGUUUUAUUAAUAGCAAAUUUUGUUUAGAAUAUAUUUUAAAAGAAGUAGUUGUCUUGUUGAAAAUGGUGAUUGUUUUGGGUGGAGGAUUAAGUGGACUUUCCACAGGAUAUUAUCUAUUAAAGAGAUUUGGGAAGCCAGCUGCAAUAUUUGAAUCUUCAAAUCGGUUAGGAGGCUGGAUCCGAACUGAAAAUCAUAAAGAUAAAGAUUUUAUAUUUGAAUCGGGACCAAGAACAAUUAGACCUAGAGGAGUGGCAGGUGCCAAUACUUUAGAAAUGAUAGAAGAUCUGCAAUUACCUGUCGAAUCUAUUAAAUCAACACAUAUUGCAGCCAAAAAUCGACUGAUUUAUGCCAAAGGCGAGCUUUGUCUGCUACCAAAUAACUUGGGUGGAAUAUUUGCAACAAGGCCGCCAUUUAGCAAGCCACUUUAUACGGCUUUAUUUCACGAUUUACGUGCAAGCAGUAAAAAGAUCAAAUACGGAGAUGAGUCCAUAUAUAGUUUCGUAAAAAGGAGAUUCGGCUCUGAACUCGCUGAUUACGCUAUAAGUCCAAUGAUUUGUGGCAUAUGUGCCGGGGACGCUAAAGAGAUAAGCGUGCGUUUUUUAAUGAAUGAUAUCUUCGAAACAGAACAACAGUAUGGCGGUGUUGUAAAAGGCUUUUUUCUAAGUAAACUAAUAGGACGCAAAGAAGUACGAGACGCUCAUAUAAAUUCUCCUGGGAUCUUUGCCGAGAAUAUGCCUUCGCUUUACCAACGGGCCGUUAAAGAGGGAUGGAGCAUGUAUCGUCUUAACGAUGGCUUAGAAACAUUACCUAAAGCUUUAGAAGCAUAUUUACGCUCACGAAACACUGAAAUCAACUUAUCUUCCGAAUGUAGUAAAAUACUUUUCAGCGACGAUGGCGUUCGCUUAAAAAUUAAAGAUACUCUGUUACUUGCAGAACAUGUCAUUAGUAGUUUGCCUAGCUAUAGGCUUGCAGCUUGCGUGAAAGACCAACACCCGGGCUUAGCUGGCCAACUUCUAGCGAUACCCUAUGUAAACGUUGCUGUGGUCAAUUUGCAAUACUGUACAGAUAAUCUUUUACCACAGCGUGCAUUCGGUUUUCUAGUCCCACCUGUUGAGCGCAGACCGAUUUUGGGUGUAAUAUUCGAUAGCUGUUGUUUUGAAAUGGGAGAAAACACAGUACUUACCGUUAUGAUGGGCGGGAAAUGGUUUGAAGAAUACUUUGGACAAAACCCUACAAAAAAAGACCUAUUGGAUAUAGCCUUGAAAGAAGUUGAAGAUAUAUUAGGAAUUUGCCAAGAACCAAGAUUUUCAAGAGUGCAUAUAUUAGAGAAAUGCAUACCGCAGUACAAUGUUGGUCAUAAGCAAGUAGUUGAAGGUAUAAGACGUUAUAUUCAACAUUACAAAUUAUCCUUAUCGGUUUGUGGGGCAGCUUAUGACGGUGUGGGUAUAAAUGAUGUCAUAAUGUCGGCGCGUACAAAUGUGGAAAGCUUAUCAUUUUCAUGAAAAGGAUUAUGUUACU